AUGCCUCCACGACUCCCAUUGAGGCCGAUCGCAGGCCGCGCCGCCUCUUCUGUCGCUGCGGCAAAGCAGAAUGUGGCGUCCCCUUCGCGCGCCGUAUGCCUGUUCUGCUCGCUUUCCGCAGCUUCGCCCACUCCCUCGCGACCGACGACGACGACGACGACAAUGACGAAGAAUACCGCCACCGACAGCCGCGCCCAGGCGAGACGGGCAUUGAGGCAACGCCGCUUCCAAUCCACCGAAUCGACAGCAGCAGCACCACCACCACCAGAGACUGCCGCACCCGAGAAUCCCAGGGCGGAACUCAUCGACACCCUGCUAGAGCUCCAAAAGCACGCCGUAAACCACGUCAACCUCUCCCGUCUACAGCUCGCGCUGCAGGGUCUGCGGCAGGACCCCGGCCAGGAGUCGAUCCGCGUGGCCAUCCUCUCCCUCGCCAACAGCGGCGGCGCGGAACCGGGCAAGGCGGCAAAAGACCUGCUGCGACUGCUCCUCGCGGACCCCCUGGGCGACGAGGCGGAAUGGGAAAGGGAGCUGGCGCAGCACGACCCGUCGCACCCGCUCGUCGUGCGGAUCGGGCAGGAGCACAAUGCCGUCGAAGCCGGGCCGCGGGUGACGAUAUCCAAGACGAACCUGCUGCACGAGCUCGACGUUUCGUCGCCCGCGCUGAAUGGGCACGGCAUCGAGCUUUUGCUGAUGGAGGUGAACCCGUUUGCGCCCGUGCCGGGCCGGGCGGGCGAGACGGUGUUGCAGGAUGUCGAGGAGUCUGUGCUCGUGCCGACGGUGGAUAUCCCGUCCAACACGGGUCGGUAUACGCCAAUUACGACGCCGGUGCACAAGGCUUUGGUUGUUUCUGAGGGGGUUAUGGGGGCUGCUUCCGUUGCGUCUCUGCCGCUGGCGGAGUACCGCGAUACCGUCUUUGGUGCCGUCAACCUGCCGGAUUAUCCUGUUGAAAAGGAUGCGAGAGUUACAUUUCAGCCGAUCAAUGUGUCAGUGGGCAGCAAGGGGCUUGAUCUCAUUCGCCAGAACAUUGGCAACGCCAUGGAGUACGAGAGGUCGUGGUACAAGAGCAACGUGCCAGUCCUCAUUCAGUGGCUCAAGGCGGGCGUGCAGACGGACGAGGGUCAGGUCACCAAGCCAGCAGUCCGUCUCCUCGUCGCAUCACUGCUGCGCAACGCCCUAGCAGAGAUUGAGGCCGAGGAGUCGCGCUUGCUUUCAGGACGGCUAUCUACGGAGGCCGCGUCCUCCGGGCUGGCCGUCAUGAACGAGAGGCUGGCCCAGUGGUCCCAGUUCGCGCACGAGGAGCUCCAGCAGCAGCUCGACUUGGCGUUUGCGGGCACGCGGUGGCGCAAGUUGGGUUGGUGGAAGCUGUUCUGGAGAGUAGAUGACGUGGGCGUCCUCACGACCGACAUGCUCAGCCAGCGGUUCCUCCCCGGUGCCGAGAGGGAGCUCGUCUAUCUGGCCGGCCGCAUCGCGGAAUCCGGCGUCGCCUCCACCGUCGAACCGCCCGUCUACGCCCAGCCGACGUCGGAAUUACAGAAAUCGCUGCCCGAGAGCAGCACGGUCGCCAAGGCCGUGACGCAGAAGCCCAAAUGGCCCACGCACAUCGCCUUUACGCGCCGCUACCUCCACGAGGAGACCGUCCCCGCCCUACAGGCCCUCGCGCAGAAGCUGGUCCUCCAGGCGUCGAGCACCUCGGCCCUGACGACGGCGCUGGCGGGUCUGCUGUACGUCUCGCAUUACGCGUCUUCCGUCUACGAGGCCGGCGCCGUCGCGGCUCUGGGCGUGAUGUGGAGCCUGCGCAGGCUGCAGACCAAGUGGGAGACGGCGCGGACGUAUUGGGAGGGCGAGGUCCGCGAAGAAGGCCGCAAGGCUGUUAGGGGUGUGGAGCAGAGCGUCGCGGAUACGCUUGAUGGAUCUCGCGAGAGCACUGCCGUCGAAGGCGCAGAGGAGCUUCGCAAGGCCAAGGAGCUCGUGGAGAAGGCUGAGGACGCGCUCAGGCGUUUGAAGUAG